AGAAUUUGAUUGUUGAACCGUUGGGACGCUGAGGGAGAGAGGUCUGUAAUGGCUCGGCAGACGGCUUGAACAAGAUGUCGCAAUCCCCCUGACAGCUGAGCAACCCGUGGUUUUAACUAGCUGCGAAGGCCUCACACCAUCCCUCAAAGGACUUGGCGCCGCCACCUCCCUCCAUCUGUUUUGUCGUCGGCAUCAAUGUCGUAUUAGAUGUAACCGUCCUCGUAACCGCGGCUGAGUGCUCGUGCAGUUGGGUUAAUAAGCCACCACGGAGAGAUCCCGUCUGGGAUAUUAACGGGGGUUGACCUGUAUAGCAACCCCUUCCUACUUACACCAGACAACACCCCGACCUAUCGUGUCUGCUAGCUGAGAAACAGGAGGAGAUGGCGACAUUUGCCCGACCAACUUUCUCAGCGAAGGCCUAUGCGGCUUUUCGACCGGCUUACCCGCCCUCGCUAUUCCGCACCAUCCUGAGCUACCAUCAGGUGCCUACGCCCGGCGGCACGCUGCUAGAUCUCGGCUGCGGCCAUGGGCCCAUCGCGCGCUAUCUGAAACCGCAUUUCAAAUCAGUGAUCGCCAUUGACCCGUCAGCAGGGAUGAUAGCGCAAGCGCGGCAGACGACGACGGAUCCCGAGAUUACCUUCCGCCAAGGCGGCGCCGAGGAUCUGGAUUUCCUGGCCGAAGGAUCUGUCGACAUGGCUGUCUCGGGCCAGGCCGCGCAUUGGUUCGAUUACACCCAGGCCUGGCCGAGCCUGGCGCGGGUCGUGCGCCCCGGCGGCACCGUCGCCUUCUGGGGAUACAAGGACAACGUGCUGGUGGGCGCCGAGCAGGCUACCCGGAUCAUGGGGCAGUUCGUCUACGGCUUCGGCGAGGUAGCGCCGGGGGUCGAGGGGAUGGGCCCGUAUUGGGAGCAGCCGGGACGGGGCAUCCUGCGGGACCUCCUGCGCGGCGUCCAACCGCCCGAAGCCGACUGGACGGACGUGACGAGGCGAGAGCACGAGCCCGGGGAGGAAGGGCCCGAGGAGACGCGCUGGUUGCGGAAGAAGAUGAAGCUGGGGGAGGUGGAGGGCUACGUGCAGACGUUCAGCGCCUUCAACGGCUGGAAAGAAGCGCACCCGCAAGCGAAGAGUAGGGCAAGCGGCGGAGAGGGAGACAUCUUAGAUGUGAUGUGGGAUCGUAUGGUGGACGCAGUGCCGGAGUGGAAGGCGAUGGGGGAGCGGUGGCGGGAGGCCGAGGUGGUGAGCGAUUGGGGCACCUACAUUUUGACAGCCCGACGGCGGUGAUCCACCUGAUUUGGAUGCCUGCACGUGCACAUCGAAGCAGUCCGUUGGAUACCUGUUUCCCUCGUCAUAGCCGUCUAGGGGCGUGGUAUGCAUACCACAUCGGUAUGUAUGUAUAUAGGUAGGUAGGUACUAGUAUUGGAAUCAAUGUAGGCAUGUUAAAUGUCCAUAUGUUCUCACCAGGACGAAGAAGCGGAAAUCCAGGUAUCCAGCGGGUGCCUGAGGCAGAUACCUGAGGUGCUAUGUACGUUCCCAAGGUACCUCGUCUACUUGGCCCGACCCGAUAACCGAAUGCAUAAUGCGACACAGGAUCUUAGUUAGAGGUGUACCGAAGGCAGAACUUAUCAACUUGUGUGUACACGAUUGAAGUUAUUGUCGAUGACAUUCAGCGGAGUGCCUAUUAGG